AUGUGCUGUCGCCUCCCGGUGGAUCCUCACCCACUGACAACUCCAGGAAAAGAGUUCCUUAAUGAAUGCUCCAGCAACUCCACUUGCUCCGUCCCACAGAUGCGCGAAAUCAUCUAUAGCACAGAGCAGAUCGGAAUUAAGGAAACCCGAAAACUGAAGAACGCCUCGUUCAACCUCACGUUCCGCGGUAAGCAGAGUGUGGUGAUCGUCGGGUAG